AUGGCUCCAUUUACUAUUUAAAUUUUGCUUAUUUGGUCACACUAUUAAAUCGUAAAUACACAUCCUGGACCAAUAAAAAUUACUAAGACUCCUAUUGAAUUAAUGAAAGAAAAAAAUUGUAGCAUCAAAGCUAUUAAGCUAAAUGAAAAAUAUUUAGAUCAGAAAUGUGAAAAAUGCGAAAAUUGGAAACCACCAAAGACCCAUCAUUGCUAAACUUGUAAUAUAUGCGUUCAUUACAGAGAUCAUCAUUGUGCUUGGCUAAAUUGUUGUGUAGGCUACAAGAAUUUAAAAUAUUUUAGCCAAUUUUUAGUGUACUUUACGAUUUUAUUGUUUAUGCAUUGUAAUUCAUGCGUAAUUUCGAUUGUCAAAUUUGCUUAUCAAAUUCACAUUGAGGGAUUAAUAAAUUUAACACUGACUUCCUUUUGGGCUUAAAUUUCAGUUUUUGAGGUUACAACAAAACUAUUAUAAUUUAUUAUUAGUAUUGGAGCUUAUUUAAUAGUUUCUAAUUUGCUGAAAGAUAAACUUAUUUAAUUACCUGAUUUGACUACUUAUAAUGAAUAAAGAGCGGGUAAGUAUUCAUCAUACGAAGUUUACAGUUCCAAAUUGAAAAGACUUUUAGGAAAUAACUUUAUAUAAUGGAUUUUGCCAAUACCUAACAAGCUAGCCCUCAAUUACUUAGAGCUAACCUUUCCUAAAGUUACGGCUGGAGAAAACUAUUUUGAAAAUCAUCUGGAAGGGAAGGAAGACUUUGAGUUUUAUAAACAUUUUGAAAUAAAUUGA